CGCGGGGGCUGGAUCGCUACCUCAGUCCUGCGCCAGCCUGUUAUGACAUCUAGAGGUAGUGAGACGCCUGCCUUCUGGACAUGGUAACACAGAAGUAUAACCCUAGCAGGAUGGCAUGGGAAACCUCAUUUGGAAACUGUACUUUUGUCGCAUUGAGGCCCUGCUGGCCAGAGCACAUUCAGAAACAAAGCUAAGGAGCAUCGUGGGAGGAAGCUACCCCCAGGCAUGGACACCACAGGCAGGCUCUGGUUAAACAGUACUUGGAAGAUCUAUUGUGGCAGUCCUCCAGUGUAAGAGACUGGUUCCACACGGGAGGCUUUUCGCUGUUUUCUAGCUUUCUCCCUCAGCAAGUAUGUAGCAAUCUUUGCACAUCGGAAUCCACAAACAAGGCACAGCAAAUGCCGGUUCACCUCUGUUCGCCUUCUCUUCCAGCUGCCAUUGCAAGGUGCUCCAUGUGCCUCAGAGAACGAGGAAAAUGAGCACAGUUGUGGGCUUGGUGUCAUUUGAGGAUGUCUCUGUGGACUUCACCUGGGAGGAGUGGCAGGACCUGGAUGAUGCUCAGAGGAAGCUCUACAGGGAUGUGAUGCUGGAGACCUACAGGAGCCUGCUGUCCUUGAAUCAGUGUGAUGCCAAACCUGAGUUGAUCCUGAAGUUGGAGCAGGGAGCUGGGCCAUGGAAGGAAGAAGAUGCCCCAAACGGAAGGCUCCCAGCUGUGGAGAAUGUGAAGAGCCUGAACAAGACCAGUUGGGACAAUCAAAAGAGACAUUUGAACCACCUGGUAAUCACUGGCAACUCUUCAGCUGAGGAGAGGGUCAAAUUUAGGAAAAGAUUUAAUAUGAGUUCCAACCAUGUUUUACACCUGGCUAUUAAGAAUAGGAACUCUUCUGAAAUGAGAUCUGAGGUGCUUGAUAUAUGGGAAAAUGUGUAUCUCCCUGGUGAGCCCAGUGAUAUGGAGCCUAUAGAGGACCUUGAUCAUCUUACUACAACCAAGAUGUCAUGCAGACCUCCUGAGCCUCUUAGUCUGGAUCACGGUGUUGAAAGUGGGCAGCAGCACUUUCUGUAUAGUCAACAUGAUGAAACUUUCAAUGGGAACACUGUGUGGACACAUAAGGUAUUUCCUUUGGGAGAUAAUCCAAGUAAGUUAAAGGAAUACAGGAAAGCAUUUGGUAAGUUAGAUCCUAGUGCCCAAGAUGGGACUCACAUAAGGAAAGACACUUUUGAUUGUAACUUGUGUAAGAAAUCAUUCUCUGACAAGUGUAACCAUACUCAGCAUUUUAAAACAUGCAUAAAAAACAAAUAUGAUAAAUGUACUGAUUGUGAACCCACAUUCAAUACAAAACCAGGCCUUAUAAAUCUUCAGAGCACUCUGAAUGCAUGGGGAAAGCCCUGUGGAUGUAAUGAGGGUGAGAAAUGCAUGUGUCAGAUGCCAAAACAGAGGGUUAACCAGAGUGUCUUCUCAAGUAAGGAGAGUAAUGGUGUGAAAAAAUUAUGCCCAAAGUUAAAUUUCAGUGUGCACCAGAGACCUCACACAGGUAAAAAACCCCAUGAAUGCAAUACAUCUGCAAAAAUCAACAACCAACCUCGUAGGCGGCACAGAUGUGGGAGAACCUAUCAAUGUAAAGUAUGUGGGAAAGCCUUUAAGCACACACAAAAUCUCUACUUACACUACAGAACUCACACUGGUGAGAAGCCAUAUGAGUGUAAAGAAUGUAAGAAACUAUUUAGUGUAAAGUCAAAUCUCAGUGUACAUCAGAAAACCCACACAGGCGAAAAACCCUAUGAGUGUAACAUAUGUGGAAAUGCCUUUAAAAGGAGGUGUGACCUAACUAUACAUCAGAGAGUUCACACAGGUGAGAAGCCCUACGAAUGUGAAGAGUGCAGGAAAACUUUCAGUAUCAAGUCAGGCCUCAUUGUGCAUCAGAGAAUUCACACAGGUGAGAAACCCUAUGAGUGUAAUGUAUGUGGAAAACGUUUUAACCAGAAGUCAAAUCUCUCCACACACGAGAAGAUUCACACAGGUGAGAAACCCUUUGAAUGUAAAGAAUGUAGCAAAUCAUUUAGCGUCAAGUCAUAUCUCACUAUACAUCAAAAAACUCACCUGGGUGAGAAACCUCAUGCAUGAAAUCUGAGGAAGCCUUCUAUCAGAAGACAAACCUCUACAGAGAGCUUGCACAGGGGAGAAACCCUAGGUUCAUAAAGAAUGUAGGAAAAGUCAUUUGUCAUCUCUCCUGAACCUCGGAGAGUUCAGAGGCGAAGAGCCCUGUGGAUGUAAAGGCUGCAGCCAUCGGCAGUCUUAAGUCACAUCUCAUAAUUAGUGAACUCCAAACACUGGUAGGUACCAGCGUGGGAUAUGUCCAAAGACUUCUGCCAGACUUGAGUUGUUGGAGAAAUCUUACAGGUGAGAAGCGUUCUGAAUGUAAGGUCUGGAAAUAAUCAGUCCUCAGCAAGACUGGAGAAUUCAUGCUGAUGAGAAGCCCUGUGAGUGUAGUAGCUAUGUGGAAAGCCCGUUAGUCAGAAGUCCCACUCUCAAGUUGAGUUCACACAGCUGAGAAGGCCUGUGAAUAUAAGGAAUGUAGGAAAGCAUUUCAGACAUGUGUCACCUCUCCAUGUGUCUCACAGAAUUGAGAGUUGAGAGAUACUUAUCAGUGCAAACGGUCACCUGCCACAUGUCAAAGCUGUCUACACAUUAGAGAAAUCUCACAGUUGAAAGGCUUUCUGAAUGUAAGGACUAGGAAACCUUUCCAACAAAUGUACAUCAGAGUACUCAGAAAUGCAAAGGGGAGGGAGCUGUCAGCAGCAGAUACAACUCACUGCACGGCAGACAUACACAGCUGAGUAACUGUUUGGAUGCAGUGUGUGGAGAAACCUGUUCCCAGAUGUCAGAUCUCAGCAGUCUUUAGGUGAGGAGCCCUCUGAAUGUGAGGAAUCCUUCAUUGCAGACCAAAGAAGACACGUAGGAUAAGCCAUAUCAAUUCAAUAUGUGCAAAACCUUGGUUCUGUAAGAUGGACAUCUGCCUCCACUGGAGAACCACAUGAACACAAAACCCUGCAAAUAUAAAAACUGAAAAAACCUGUGAAUUUAAAGAAUGUAGAAAAUAGCUCAUAUUCUUGGGGUGUGUGCAAGAGCUCACAGGUAAACAUGAUCCCACCUAGGUAAGUAUAACAGACAUUUGUGCACAUCAGAAAAUCCCUCACUGCUGAGAAACCAUAAGAGUUUAUGUGGACCAGAUGGCAUAUGUGGACAAGACUUUUACCUAAUGGAAACACUCUGGCUAGCUCAUGGGCUGGAAGUACAUGAAUGCAGUGGAUGUGGACAGUGCUUUUAUAGGAAGUUGACCUCCAUAUUGGAGAGUUCUUUAAGAUGGAAUGCUGUUAACAUGUGGACAAACAUAUCUAGAAUGGUUAUGGAUAUGGGAAAUGUCAUUGUGAGAAGUCCUGUUAACAGAGGUCUCAGGUGCUAAGAUUACCUUUUUGCUCUAAGACUGGCAGCCUGCAUGUGUAGCAUUAUGGGGAGAGCAUGGCCAGAGCUCUGUAGGAAUUUUAACAUUUGUGACGACUUUUCUUUCCUGCCUCAACCCCCAAUUCCUGCAGUACAUUAUCCCUGGAUUUGUACUCAUGGUCUGAAAGCAGAUAAGAUUAUCUGUGGAGAGAAGUGGGUGUAGGGAAGGACACUGAUUUACAGACAUGUUUCAUUGGAGAGAACAGAGGUUUUAUAUGUUUAUAAAUCUCUUGUUUGUAUGAGUGAUAUAACCUUUUUGCAACAUAAUAUAAAAUCAUUGUAACCCAUUUUUAAAGUAUUUCAGACAGGGGACCUUUCAUGCUAGAAAAUUCACCCAAGAGAGGGUCCUUCUUAUCACCUUUGUAUUUUCAAGCCACUUUAUGGAGAAAAAGAAACAUGAAAUUUCAGUAAAUUCUAAAUGCCUUACCUGGCACCAGCAUUUCAUUAAGGAGAUACAAAAGUAUGUUUCAUGUGUGAAACAUUUGUAUAUCCACAAAAAUUUAUAUGCAUCAGAAAUCAUUCAUAAGAUGAAAUUGUCAGUUUCUAAGAAGUGUUAACUAUAGUAUUAAAAUUAUUUUUGCGA